CCGACUCAUUCAUAUCGGCGGAAUGGGGCAUGGAGCUUGAGUAGGGAAUGGGUUUUUUAUUUUUAUUUUUGAGGAAUAAAGAUAAAAAUUCCUUUUCGCCUUCUUUUCGCUGCACUGAAUCUUUGGGAAAGGCUUGGCCGUGAGUGUGAUGGGCUUUGUUGGCCUUACAUUCUGAUAUCGGGAUUGGCUUCAAGGCUGGUGAGAUACCGGUGAACUAAGCCGAUAGGUAGCAGGCACAUGCAAGGAGCCACUGCGGAAAAGAUGGAAAUACUGGUAGAGGCAGAGAGUUUGGGAGAGUGAGGAGUACCUUCUAGAUUGCUAAAUAACAUGACUGUGCUAUGAGGGCGAAAUUAUGAAAUGCUCUUUGAGUAUGAAAAUAUGGGGGUCGUUUGAUGGGACUUUGCUCUCCUGUCCGGCUUCGCACUGUUUCUGAUCUGGGACAUUGUCAAAAAAUAACCCCUCUCUUCAGAUUCCCCUUGCAGAAGACGAAAAAGAAGUCUACUGAUAAACAAUUCUUGAGAUCAGGUUGGUAGCAUUGCUGGGUUUGUGAUUUCACCUCACGGAUUAGAUCCGGACAAAUUUCGGGCCCGUCAGGAAAGGCAAAAACACAGCUUCCCACGCUUUCUAACCCCUGACACAAGGAGGCCGUGGACAGAAGUUUCUAACGGGAGGCUCGUUGGGGAAAUACCACUUGUUUAUCAGGGAACGGCCUGGUGUAAACUAGUCGACUGGGAAUAGCGAGGAUCAGGAAAUAGUCGACCUCAGCCAGAAAGCCUGGGGCGGACCCCCCCCACUGGGCCAGUCUUCCGCGGGACCUACCGCCUCUCUCACGUUAUCGUGCAUUAAGCCUGACUACCGCUCCUCCUAACAGCCGCUCGGUGACAAGCCCUGUCAAACCGAAACCCCACAACUUGGACCAUUUUCUCCACCUCACAGAGCCUCCUAAGCUGGUAAUGCUCGCUCGCCCUUAACUCCAACUCCCCAUCACAGCACUCCUCGGGAAACGACUAUUUUCGAGAUGCCGCCACCCCUGCGCGCCUCCUCCUCUAGGGGGUCGCAUUCGGACGGAGAAGAUUCGAUCGAGGACGAUGAUGAGGAGGUACAAUUGGUUUGUGCUCACUUUGUAUUUGGUUAUCUUGGGGAUUUUAGGCGGAUAACUCCUGAUCCCGAGCCUUUUUGGCGAUAGUGUUAACGUUGAACAGGUUGCCGGUCGUACGCCAAAGCCUCCACCAUCACUUCCACGUCCAGAUCUGUUGGUCCACAAAAAGGAGGAGCUACAACAUCUACCCAACGAUCGCUUAAGGUACUUCACUCUUCUAUUGAUGGUUUGCUUGAUGUUUGGUUGCUGAUGAGGCCGGUCAGCAAAAAAUGUGUGAGCUCAACCGCCGUUCCGAUUCCAGUUCCCGGAAGCGCAAGAGGUGGCAGACCUGGUGGGCCGCCGCUGGUAUGUUCACUCAAAUCUCACUUAUACCACAAGGCGCAACGUCUGAUACUGGCGCAGGGGGGCGCUUACGGGCCUGUGAACACACUCAACAAACCACAAAAUUCACGCUCUCCCGUACAAAACAAGCGGAAGCUGACACAAUCCGAGGCGUUGGCUGACGGACCCUUUCGCCCCAAGAGGCAGAGAGAGGAGGAUUCAAUCGUACUGAGGGAUUUAUCUAAGGCUGCAGGGAGCUCCUCGUUUACGAUAAAUGGUACCUGUCGCCCUCCGCCUCGUGGAAUUGGUUUUAACAAACCUUCAGAUAGUGAUGCGAAGAAAUCAAAAUAUUUCUCUCAAACGGCAAGAGAUGCUACGUCCGAAGUUAUUCGGAGCAGCUCGCGGGCGGCGAGUGAGGAAACCAGUGAUACAGCCGAUUCGUUUUCGGCUCUUGUAAAGUCUAUACCUGUAAUGCCCGUCCAUAAGGGUUCACGGAUGCGCGAUGUCUCUUGGGUCUCAGAAAGCAGCGACCCGCAACACACUAGGUGGAAGGCCACACCAAAGCGAACUCAAGCUCGAUCAAAAAGGACUGUUUUCUCUCUUACCCGUUUUCAGCGGGGCUCAACUGUUGCGGCAAACGAAUGUUCUCAUUCGAAUUGUAGAGGGCUGGUAAUUGAAAAGUCCGACGCAAAGGGUUCGAAGGAAUACAAAGUAAUGCAUGGGUUUGGGGAGAUUAAGAGUUUGACCUUCCGGGUUGACAAGAUUCGAAAGAUAUAUGUAUGCUCUAUUCCGUGCGCGUUGGACUCUCACUCUCGCCUCAUACUUAUUUCGGGAUACUGAAUAUGAAUAGCUAGGGAGCUCAAAGAAGUGUGCGAUCGAUCUGAGGAGGGAACUGAGUGAGUAGCCUGCCAAUCUUUGCUGGGUAUUGUCCUGAUAUUUUACAGGUUCAGAGUCGCAAUCCCGCAUCAUGUUCACGUUUAGAAACGAGAGUGAUAGCGAGGCGUUUGUGCAGGAUGCGGGGUUGGAAGAUCUGGAGGCUAAGUUUAGGAUUGAACAAUGGUGGGAGGUUCGAGUGAAGAGUCACGAACUUUGGGUGCGGAAAGAAAAAGAAAGGUUAACCCAAGAGCUGGUUAUUGAACCGGUAGUUGAGCGCAGCCCGCCAGCGCGUUUUCAAACUAGAAAACAGUCGACCGAGAGGGGAGUUACGUCCGAUCCAUUUGAAGUUGUGAUUCCAGCAGACCCAAAGAAGCCGCUUCAACAAACCAAGCGUCUCACAAGGAGAAAUGCUAUUUCGAGCAAUAUUGAGGUCUCUGAAAAGAUUGGGGAGUUCCAAGAGAUUGGGAAGUCUGAAAAGGUUAAGCGUCGGCGAGGGAGCCUUACGGACGAGGUCGCGAGGUAUGGGAAACGGCCGCUGGUUAGCUUUUCAUAUCACGUUCUAACGUAAAACCUUAGGGAAUCUCGGUCACCUAAAGUCCGCAGGCUAGAACUUCCCAAACCUAAAUGGCGUUCCUCCCUGGUAUAUCCCUUUGAGGGUCCCAAAAGACAAGUGGUGGAGUAUGAAGAUUUGGCUCGGCUUGGCGCCGAGGAAUUUCUCAACGACAAUCUCAUCAAUUUCUACCUGAGGUUGGCCUUUUCCUGAUAUUCCCUUGAAUUAUUUACUGAGAAUCGGAAAAGGUACAUUGAGGUAGAGUUGCAAAAGAGAGACCCUGAUUUGGCCAAGGAGACCUACUUUCUCAACACAUUUUUCUAUGAAAUUCUCGCUAGAAAGGGUGGGAAAGGGUGAACAUGAUUCAAUCCUAAUAUGGAAAGGCGUCUACUGACAAUCUGGAAAGCAAGAAAAAUUUUGAUAGUGUGUUGAAAUGGACCGCCAAAGUGGACUUGUUCAAUAUGAACUAUAUUGUCAUCCCCAUCAAUGAAGCGUAUGCACUCCUGCCAGGCGAAGAGAGGGAAGAGAAAUAUACUGAUUACUUAGUUCUCACUGGUACCUUGCUAUCGUAUGCAACCUCCAGAACUUGGAGCGCAGGUUACGGAACGGUGCUUCCAUGUCGCCUGCCAGUGCCGGAGCCAUUGAUCUGGAGUCUUCAUCCGCAACACUGGCUGAUGAUCGAGACGAUAAAGAAGGGGAUCAUGAUAAGUUGGUUCACUUGUCUGAUUCUGAAGAAACGGUGGCGCAGAAACAAGCAAGUGCCGAAGCGACUGUUAUAGGCGACGACUCUAGGGAUAUAGGAACAGUGGAGGGCAGUCUUGAACAGAUGUCACUUGACGAGGAUGAAUGGCCAAAAGAGGACUUGGAUGAGCCUUUAGACCCUCACCAGGCUGUGAUGAUGGGGGGCCCUGCGGCUGAACUCGCUACACCAAAGGCUGCUAAAGGGAAAGCGAAAAUUGAACGACCGAACAGGAGAAGUGUGCCGGCCGAUACGUAAGUUAACUCUGCAACAUUCGGUCCGGCUUGAAUUAUGCUGACCUGCAAAGGCCGGCUAUCAUCAUCCUCGAUUCUAUGGGGUAUGGUUCAAGUUCCCGGCCGGCAACAAUCAGAAACCUUAGAGACUACUUGGCUGCGGAGGCCCUUAGCAAGAGGAGUCUAGAAAUUACAAGAGGUGAUAUCGAUGCUACCUACGCAAAGGUUAGUACCAAAAUCUAGUAAGAGCUAAUUUCGGAGGCUAACGCGGGUGAUUAGGCUCCCAACCAGAACAACUACUACGAUUGUGGGCCGUAUCUCCUUCAUUAUGUUGAGAGGUUCUUUGAGCAGCCCAGGGAAUUUGUCGCCGCAUUUCUGGCUAGGGAGGAUGUGAAGCUAGAUAAAGAGCUUUGGCGAAAAGAUGAAAUCAAGGGGAUGCGAUCCAAGAUUUUCGAUGUGAUUGUGGGUUUGCGGGAACAAUUCGAAAUCUUUGAGCUUGCCAAAGCGACAGGAGAGGUGAAGGGAAAUGGCUUGAAGAAGAGUGACAGUGAGGGGGAAGCGGUGGUCACGGGUAAAUGUAUGGAAGCUGAGGUCUCAGUUCGCGAGGGAGAGGAUGCAGCAGUGGAGAUACGGGAUGGAGACUGCGUUAUGGAAGAAAGGGGAGCUAUCCUAGAUGCCCCAUCGAAAGCAUCAAGUUUGUCAUCACCAAAGUCGGUUGUGAAUGUCUCGAGAUCCCUUGCCUCGAGGCCCCAGAGGAGGAGGGACGAGGACUCUUCAAGAGCAGGGGAAGUUUUAGGUAUACGGAGCAAGCCCGGAAUCGGUGGAGUGGCCUGAAUUGGCCGAGGAGGUAGGAUCGAGUGGAUAGGGGUGAGCUGGGUCAUUUUCUGUGCGGAUUUCUUUUUCCUUUUAUCGCUGAUACGUGCGUUUCUCGGAUAUUUUUCUGUCUCUAAAUAAGUCAUUGCAUCCUGGUGGAGUUUCUUUUCUUUUCUUUUUUUCCCUUUCAACUUUCCUUUGCUUAUUCCUUUGUUUUAUUCGGCACGUUCAGAUAAAAAGCAUUUCUUACUCUCCGGCGUUCAGUUGAAUGGGCUUUCCCCUCUUUUUCCUUGAUACUUUUUUACCCUGGAUCGCAUUCAUAUUCUAGCUAUUUUUAUCAUGAACUUCUCUUCCUUUCCUCCCCUCUUUCUUUUUUGUCUCAUGUACCGGUAGGUGUGGUGAUGGUGUUGCAUGUGCGUGUAUGGCUGGUGUGUAUGUAUCAUAAACCUUUUUCCCACCACCGUCACCAUCACCAUCACUAUCACUAUCGUGCCCCGGAGUUCCUGAUAUAAUGGCUUAGGAGGAAAUAAAGGGAACCUAAGAUUGCAAAGC